AUGGAACGUCCGAAUCAUGAUUACGCAGCUGCGUCUGCUAUGGCUUAUGCUCAGCAGCAGCGACCUGCUGCUAAUAUGCAACAACAGCAGCAGCAGUUUGGAUUUCAUCCUCAACAUCAGCAGUUUCCUUCGGCAAUGCACGGUCCGCCUUUUAUACCGCCGGGUCCUGGUGCUGGGCAUCCUUCUAUGCAGCAGUUCCCUUUUCAUCAUGCAAUGCAGCAACAGCUGCACCACCAUGGCCCUCCUCCACCUCAUCUUCUUCUCCAGCAGCAGCAGCAACAUCAAGUACCUCCUGCAUUUCCUUCUCAUUAUCCUCCUCAUGUUGGUCCAUCGCCUUUUUUUGAUUCUGCUCCACCCCCAGUUGCUCCACCUUCUGAUCCUGAGCUUCACAAGCGAAUUGAUAAACUUGUUGAGUAUGCGGUGAAAAAUGGUCCUGAAUUUGAAGCUAUGAUUUGUGAAAAGCAACGAGAUAAUCCUUCUUAUAGCUUUCUCUUUGGCGGGGAGGGUCAUGCUUACUACCACUUUAAGCUUUGGUUAUCAAGUAGACCCCCGAGUGGUCCAUUCAACCAACCAUUUCCAUCGUCUUCCAUGUCAAUGAUCCAUCCUCCGCCUAAUCCAAUGGCGAGCCCAUCUCUUAGUGGGCCUCCAUUGAAUCCUGCUGGAAUUGGAUCUUCACCUUCAAUGUUAGUCCCGCCUCCCUUUCCGCAAUUCUAUGAUCAACAACACCAUCAUCAACAUCCUCAAUCUUAUGGCCUUCAUGGUCGACCCGAGUAUGAUCAGUCAUCCAAGUCUUUCAAAGGGCUCUCUGGGCCGCUUCCAUCUGAUGUAGCAAUGGAACUGAGUAGCGUUCUGAACAAUUUGAAUGGUACAAAAGAAUCCAUUAAAGGUGCCAAACUUUGGUUCAUGCAGAGAGCUCCAUUUGCACCAGCUCUAGCAGAGACUCUUAGAGAUAGGGUAUUUGCCUUGGACGACGUUGAGAGACAGUUACAUAUAAUAUACCUGGCAAAUGACAUUCUCUUUGACAGUUUAAAUCGGAGGGCAAGCAUUCAUGAUCUUGACAACGAGGCCCUUGCGUUCAAACCUGUUUUAGGUGCCAUGCUUGCAAGAAUUUAUCAUAACCCACAAAGCAAUGAGGAAUAUAGGAAAAGAUUACAGCAGAUGGUAGAGUUCUGGGCUUCUAAAGAGGUAUUUGAUCAAGAGACUAUAUCUUUACUGAAGGGGGAGAUGAUUGGUGGGCCACAUACAAAUUCAUUUACUGCAGCAUCAAAGGACUUAUCCUCUGCCUCAGCAGAUUCAGGUGCAGGAAUGCUGCAAACUCCAAACCAUAUUGUGCAGCAGUGGCAGGCUGAUAGAGUGAGCUCUGGUUCAAUUGUCUUUGAUCCAGACCGUCCUGAUAAGCUUCUGGGGCAAUCAAUGGCAUCUCAGCAAUUUCUUUCAAAUUCUGCUCUUCCCAGUGCUUUUCCAGGUUCUAUGAAUAUACCGUCUUCCGUUCAACCUUCUGGAGCACAUUUAUUGCCCCCUCCAUCAUCUGGCACUGGCGAACAAUUGCCUCCAUAUCCGCUGUUCCCACCCGGGCUCAUUCCUGGAAUGGUUAGAAAGAUGCAGAUUGGUAGUGGUGUCCCAUAUUCUCCUAUGAGCCCCUUGGAUAUCCCAACUAUGAUACCACCGUCAACUGUACCAGCAUCAGAAAUUCUUCAAAGGGUGUCGAAGUUUUUUAAAGAAAUUGGAGAAGUAAAUCCUUCUGAGGGUCCUAUGAAUUCUGAUGCGAAAGAUGAAGAUGAUGAAUACGAAGGAGAAUAUGAGAGAGAAUCUCAAGUUCGAAAGGGAGGUGCUUGCAUACCUCCACCCCCAAACUUGCAGCAAAUUGAUCCAGAGACAGGAACCUAUGCUGAUGGGAGUGUCGACAGAAAGCCAGGAUCAAGUGGCUCGGGAAGAUUGGGACUUGGGGCCACGGCUGAUCCGAAUGAAGUGAGUCAGUAUGAUGAUGUAUAUACAUCUUACCGGAAGCAGAGAAGCACAAAUUAUCACACAUCAAUGAGUGCUAGAGCAGCUGUGAGAUGA